GGCGCGGCGCUGGGCGGGGACGCGCCCGGCCGGCCGCCGCGCGGGGCGCGCAGUCAGGCGCAGCGCCUCCUGCGGCAGAUCCGCGAGCUGCCGGGCCAGCUGGCCAGCUACACGCUGGCCCACUCGCUGGGCCGCUGGCUCGUGUACCCCGGCUCCAUGUUCCUGAUGACUCGCGCGCUCCUGCCGCUGCUGCAACAGGGCCAAGAGCGCCUCGUGGAGCGCUACCGCGGUCGGCGCGCCAAGCUGGUGGCCCGCGACGGCAACGAGAUCGACACCAUGUUCAUGGAUCGCCGCCAGCACCCGGGCAGCCACGGCCGCGGCCUGCGCCUCGUCAUCUGCUGCGAAGGCAACGCCGGCUUCUAUGAGAUGGGCUGCCUGUCGGCGCCACUGGAGGCCGGCUACUCGGUGCUGGGCUGGAACCACCCGGGCUUCGGGGGCAGCACGGGCGCGCCGUUCCCUCAGCAUGACGCCAACGCCGUGGACGUGGUGGUCAAGUACGCGCUGCACCGCCUGCACUUCCCGCCCGCGCACGUGGUGGUCUACGGCUGGUCCAUCGGUGGCUUCACGGCCACCUGGGCCACCAUGGCCUACCCGGAGCUGGGCGCGCUGGUGCUCGACGCCACCUUCGACGACCUCGUGCCGCUGGCCCUGAAGGUCAUGCCCCGCAGCUGGAAGGGGCUGGUGGUGCGCACCGUGCGCGAGCACUUCAACCUCAACGUGGCGGAGCAGCUGUGCUGCUACCCCGGUCCGGUCCUGCUGCUGCGGCGCACGCUGGACGACGUGGUGAGCACCUCGGGCCACGUGCGCCCCCUGCCGUCCGGCGACGUGGAGGGCAACCGCGGCAACGAGUUGCUGCUGCGUCUUCUGCAGCACCGCUACCCAGUCGUGAUGGCGCGCGAAGGCCUCGCGGUCGUGACGCGCUGGCUGCGCGCCGGCAGCCUGGCACAGGAGGCCACCUUCUACGCGCGCUACCGCGUGGAUGAUGAGUGGUGCCGAGCACUGCUGCGCUCCUACCGCGCGCGCCGUGAGGACGAGCAGGAGGACGAGCAGAAGGACUGGGGGCCUCACGGGCUCGCCUUCCCCUGGCUCGUGGGCCAGGACCUGAGCCCGCGGCGGCGCCGGCAGCUCGCGCUGUUCCUGGCACGUAGACACCUGAAGAACGUGGAGGCCACUCACUGCAGUCCGCUGGAACCGGAGGACUUCCAGUUGCCCUGGAGGCUGUAGUCUUCACCCCUCCCCCACACGGGAAACCAGUAAAGCUGGCCCUGCCUUGGGGAUCCCGACCUGGUGUCUGGGGGAGGGUGAGAUGGAACACAGGGAACUGGUGCUCUCCUUCACCGGGGUGAUUCCCCCCUUCCCUCCUUCAGCUUCUCCCACAAACACUUGUGGACGUCCCAUUCUGCUCCCAGCUUCUAAAGGGAAUGUAGAGAUUAACCUGACCCAGUUUAUGGCAA